GUGCCUGUUAAACUGUGAAACAUUAAAAAUAUCAGCCUGAUGUCGCCAGGUAGCCGCAAUCGGCACUCCCAUCACCUGCAGCAGCUAAUCUACGAUAAUAUAAACUCAUCUUUCAGUAUUCUCUGUUUUUCUAAUGCAAAUACAACGGACAGCUUCAUCCGAGGACCGGAAAAGGACUUGCUCCACAUGGAGACAGUGGAGGCAAAACAAGUCUCCAAGCAGCAAAUUAUCAUAUAGAAUAUUCAGGACUGGGCCAGAGAGAACAGCUGGAGUGGAACUGCUGCCAAGUGUUGGACGUGAGGGACAAGUGGGACUGCAGGGGGUAUGAGGAACAGAGGGGAACACCUGGGAGAUACUCGACUGAAACACAGAGUUAAACAGUACCUCCGUGAUAGUGGCGAGCAAUAUGUGGAUAUUGGAAUUCUUGCUGCUGAUCUCCAACGAUUGUACAGCUCAGACUAUGGCCGCAGGAAGAGGAAUGCCUUCAGGAUCCAGGUGGAUAAAGUUUAUCGAUCCAUCAGUAAUGAAAUGUUGAAUUUUGAGGAGGAGCAUCUUGCAAAACGGGCUCGACAGAGUCAUACAGACAACGGUGGGGACCCGGCCUCUGAUUCGUCUGACAGUGAGGAUUACCCAGAAUACCCGUUGACCAAUCAGCUGAACUCCUCAUUGCUGAGUCUCUAUCGGAAAACCAACCCAGAGCCCACCUCCCCUUGGCCAGCCAAGAAAAUGCCAGAGGGUGACAGCACAGACAGGCGGGCAGGCACAGGGACUGUUGGUCAGUCGGGAGGGACCCUGGGAGGUACAGGGCUGCCUGUGGGCGGUUGGUUUAUAGACAGAUCUUCAGGACUUCGUCACUCAGAGGGUGGUGUCGUCAAUGAGAGAGAAACUGCACAGAGUUCUGAGAGAACGGAAGACUCGCAUGUGGAUCGUUGUGUGAGAAAGAGAAGGAGAUUGAAGAAGGGGAAGCAACGAGAUGGAGCAGAGUCACAGGAUGUGGAUGGUCAGAUAGAGUCAUCCAUACUGAACAGGAAAGUUGGGAGGAAAGGCUUUGAGUUGCAGCAUUCAACGGUGAAGUUUGAAGAUGUUGGUGGCAGUGAGGAAACUCUGAAGGCAGUGUGCCAGCUGCUGAUUCACAUGCGGCACCCUGAGGUAUACCAGCAGCUGGGCGUUGUGCCACCUCGAGGAUUCCUGUUGCACGGACCCCCAGGCUGUGGGAAGACGCUGUUGGCACAGGCCAUUGUUGGGGAGCUGGAGCUGCCCAUGCUGAAAGUUGCUGCUACAGAGAUUGUGUCUGGUGUUUCUGGAGAGUCAGAGCAGAAACUGCGAGAGCUGUUUGAAGAAGCUGUGCUCCAGGCACCCUGCGUUAUAUUCAUCGAUGAGAUUGAUGCCAUUUCUCCCAAACGGGAAAUUGCUUCCAAGGACAUGGAGCGUAGGAUUGUGGCUCAGCUGCUCACCUGUAUGGAUGACAUGAACAAUCUGGCAGGCAGCACACAGGUUUUAGUUAUUGGUGCAACAAACAGGCCAGACUCAUUGGACCCAGCACUGCGACGGGCAGGACGCUUUGACCGGGAGAUCUGCCUGGGAAUUCCGAGUGAACGAUCCCGUGAACAGAUUUUAAGGACUUUGUGUCGGAAGCUGAAACUGCCAGAAUCAUUUGACUUUCACCAGCUCUCACGUCUGACUCCAGGUUACGUGGGCGCUGACCUUAUGGCUCUCUGCCGUGAGGCUGCCAUGAGCGCUGUUAACCGCAUCCUAAUCCAACGGCAGGAGGAGAACACACACAGGGAAACUCUCAAGGAAUGCGGCAGCUUGGAGCUGCUGCAGAAGCCUGAACUGGACCAGUUUGAGAGGCUGCUGGCAUUGCUGAAGGAUCAGUCCCCUGUCCCAGAGGAGGAGCUUCAGAAGCUGUGUAUAGAGAUGGCGGAUUUCACCCUAACAGGUGGUCAGCCUCAUCCAGAGGAGGCUGUCGCGAAUGAGUCUGGACUGAAUUUCAUCUCGGUGAAAGGCCCUGAGCUGUUAAACAUGUACGUGGGUGAGAGUGAGCGGGCAGUGCGACAGGUUUUCCAGCGAGCAAGGAACUCUGCACCUUGUGUCAUUUUUUUCGACGAGCUGGAUUCCCUCUGUCCUCGGAGAUCGGAGCACGAGUCUGGUGCCAGUGUUCGUGUGGUGAACCAGUUGCUGACGGAGAUGGAUGGAUUGCAAGCUCGGAAACAGGUGUUCAUCAUGGCAGCCACAAACAGACCAGAUAUUAUUGACCCUGCUAUACUGCGCCCUGGACGGUUGGAUAAGACAUUGUAUGUUGGAUUGCCGCAGGCCGCAGACAGAUUCGCCAUCCUCCAAACUCUAACAAAGUUUGGGACUUGCCCUCUCCUGGAUCCUGAUGUUGACCUGUUUGCGAUCGCCAGUGACCAACGCUCAGAUUCUUUCACGGGUGCGGACCUUUCUGCAUUGGUGCGUGAAGCUUCCAUUAAUGCCCUGAGACAGCAUCUCUCUGACCGGUCCCCAGAGCGGGCUUCAGUUUCAGCUCCCAGUUUGAGAGUGCUGGUGGCACGGCAGCAUUUCGAAGAAGCCUUUGACAAAGUGAGACCUUCUGUGUCCAAAAAGGAUCAGCUGAUGUAUGAAUUGCUGCGACAGUCUCUCAGCCGAUGAUUCGUGUGUGUGAGAUCCUCACUGCGCCUUUCCCUGAGCUGCUGUUUGAAGUCCUUUCAUACAGGAUGUUGCUGGUGUGACUUUUACAGAAUGUCUUAAUCCUUGACUCACUGUGUGAGUUGCAUUUCCUGAGUAUAUGGGUUCUGAUAGAAAUGCUGGGCUUCUGUGACCAGUUUCCUGUUACGAGGAUCAGGCUAGAGUCACCACCAAAAGCCACUUUGGAGAGGCGGGGUGGAGUAUGAUAUGUUUCUUAUUUUAAUCAAAUACCUUAAUACCUUGUAACAAACCCCACCCCCUCAGGUAAUAAACCUCUUAAUAGCUACCCCCCUUCAGUUACUGCCCACCUCAGUAAAAUCUCCCACCUCUCAAAAACGACCACCUGCAUUGCAUUCCAAGACUUAGGAGCAAGAAAAAAUAAAUAGGCUAUGUGAUAAAAGUGACUGUCUGUUUGAUUUAAUUUAUAUUGGGUAGGGAGUGGAUUUGUGAGAAUUCUGGCUGAAGGUUUGCUUGCACCGUUAAAGUGAGUGAAAGCAGCUGUUGGGAAGGGAACUACUCCUCAACUCAGCUGUGAUUCCAUCUUCAUGGAUGGGAUAGGGUAAGAAUUCAGAUUCUUAAAAAAUUGAUAUUCAUUCACCUCCUGACUCCCCAAAACCUCUCUGCCACGACAAGGCACAAGAAUGUGAUGAAUACUUGGGGAAGCGGUGACAUAAUGGUAUUGUCACUGGGCUAAUAAUUUAGAGACCCAGGGUAAUGCUCUGGGGACCCGGGUUCGAAUCCACCAUGGCAGAUGGUGGAAUUUGAAUUCAAUAAAAAUGAUGACCAUAAAACCAUUGUCGUAAAUCCCCAUCUGGUUCACUAAUGGCCAUCAGAGAAGUGUUAUGACAUGGCCGAUGAUGUGUGCCAGGCAGACCAAAUCCACAAGGGAAACCUGAUCAUGCUAUCAUAACGCUUUUGCAAUUUGUAUUUAUUUCGAGAUGCAUGCACUGAUUUCAGAAGUAAUAAGUCCAGCAAGACUUUGAGAUUUUAAUAAAAUCUAAAUUAAAAUAUUUAUUAACAAAAGAAAAGAUUUCAAGCACAUACAUAGGACUACAAGUUACGACUAUAACUCUUAAAAUUCCUAAUUAACCUGACUCCCAGUUAUAUCCCUUUAAGGCAACAGUCCAAAAAUAGCAGAUCCAGCAAAUUAACACAAUACCCUGGACAGUGGGAUUCCAAAUGGCUUUCUCCAGCUUCAGUUUCAGUAGAUAGCAGACUUGUGCACAAAUACUGGAGGCUUCACUAAAGCUAUUUCAUACAGAAUGCCUUUUCCUGACACAUUGCCUCAUUCUCCUUUAUAUAUGCUUCUCCUUGUUAUGUAAAUUCUAUUGUUUCAUAUGUCUUUGAAACUGUAUCUUCCUCAUAAUGUAAAAACCUUCAUGAUGCUACUAUUGUCAGUAACUUCUGGGAAAAAUAAACACAUUCCUUAGCCUUGUUUAUCUGGCUAAUUAAACGGA